AUGUUCGUCACACUAGUGAUUCUCUGUGCUUUUGCAAGUCCAGCGGUGUCACAACUCACCUUUAGAAAUGUUAUGGUAACUUGUGAUAGUGAACAACCAUUAGACGACGACAUUCCCUUUGGAACCAUUGUCACUACCAACAAACUCAAGCCGCACCUUCCAAGCACCGACUGUUUCAAAAUUGCUAUUCAGUAUGCCACCAUCCACACUUUAUAUCAAGAUUCUUUAUCAGAUAUCACCAACGCGAAUUACCUUUUCCUCGAAAACGACAACAUAGAAGAAAUAGAACCCGGAGCUUUCAAAAAUGUGAAGCUUAAAGAAGCCUUGUCACUACAGUCGAAUAAUAUCAAAGAAAUCCGAAGAGGAGUUUUCAACGACGUCCAAGUUCCGGUUUUGAUAUUAAGUUAUAAUUUGAUAGCGUAUAUUGAUUAUCACGCUUUUGAUAAUAUGACGUUGAAGAGUAUCCAUCUCGACCACAAUAAACUGCCACGAAUUAAUCCUUUCUGGUUUAGGCAUACUCCAAAGUUGAUUAAACUCAACUUUCAACAUAACCUGAUCGAGCAAGUUCCUGAGUUUGCUUUCCAAAUGGAAAAACUCAACGCACCAAGAAUUGAUUUAAGUCAUAAUCAGAUAAGAGAAGUCAGCGGUGACGCGUUUGGGAACACGAAAAGACUGGAUUUUUUGAGUUUGGCGUUCAAUCGGCUUGAGAGUUUGGAACGGAACUGGUUGAAAGGUGUGAAAGUGAACGUUUUGGAUAUCUCGCAUAAUAGAUUUAGGUGUUUGAGGGACGAAUUGGCUGGACCUUUUUCGACGAAUUUCAUCGACAAGAAUCCUUGGAGUUGUGGUUGUUUGCAGGAUAUGAAGAGCAAGGAGUCGACGGUGUUUGGGAGUAUUGUGGCGGACGAAGCGUUUCGGAGGUGCAACAUUUAG